AUGACAGACGGAAACCAACGGCCGGGAUUGCUCGACUCGUGCCUAAUUGCUUUCGUUCAGAGCAAGUCAUUGUCGAGUACACUGAUUUCGCAGCUCUCCCAAAUUGUCAGACAACAUGGCGCCGAGAUCCUGGAGCCGGAUCGGAAGGGCAAAAUCCGUAUCCCUCAAGCCACCCACAUCAUCUCCAACACCAUCGACUUUGACCAAUAUGCCGAGUCCCAAGCUAUGAUGAUCCCGACCGUCAGGUCCGACUGGAUCAAGGCAACCAUCGCCCGUAGCAAGGUCGCCCAGGUCCGCCCGUUCUCGCCCGACCCCAGGAUGAUCUUUUCCAACGUCGUCCUCACAUCUGCGGAUAUCCCGACCACGGACAAGGAAGCCAUUGCCGGCGCGAUUAUGGCUCUCGGCGGCAUGGAAUCCAAGGACCUGUCGCGCCAGACCACACAUGUGUGCGCCUUGUCCCUGGACCAUCCUAAAUGUAUCGAGGCCAAGAAAAAGAACCUGAAGUGCAAAAUCGUUCUCCCUCAUUGGUUCGACGACUGCUUUCGGUUGGGAAAGCGAAUCGACGAGGGCCCCUACCUCCUACCCGACCCCGAGAUCUUGCUGAAGGCGCCGGAAGACGCUAUUAAAGUCCCCCUGAGCCAGCAGCUGGAGGGCGCUGUAUCGGCAGUCCCAACUGGCCCGUACGAGACCGAAGGGGCCGAGAAACUGGUUGUCUUCGCGCAGAAAAAGAUCAUGCUCUCAUGGGAUCUACCUAUCAACAACAUGCUGCGCAAGACGAUCACGGACAAGAUCACCAAGGGCGAUGGAGAGGUUGUCGACGCGGUCGAAGACUGCGAUAUAUUCGUCUGCCACUACCGAGAGGGCGACCAGUACAUUCGCGCAUCGCAGCAAGGGAAGGACGUGGGUAACCUGUCAUGGCUAUAUCACCUAAUGGUGUACAACGAGUGGACUUCACCCUUUCGGCGACUCCUCCACUACCCGAUCCCCAGGGGCGGCAUGCCCGGGUUUAAGGACAUGCGGAUCACACUGUCAAAUUACGGAGGCGAAGCACGGAUAUACCUAGAAAACCUCAUCACGGCAGCAGGCGCGACGUACACGCGGACGAUGAAGGCGGAAAACACGCAUCUUAUCACAGCAAGGAUGCACAGCGAGAAAUGCGAAGCGGCUAAGGACUGGAACAUUGAGAUUGUCAACCACUUCUGGAUUGAGGAGAGCUACGCCGCUUGUCAACCCCUGCCCCUUAGCAAUCAACGAUACCGACAUUUCCCACCACGGACAAAUCUAGGCGAGGUCAUUGGCCAGACAUCCUUUGAUGAGCCUACUCUGCGGGAAAGGUACUAUCCCGGCGGAGAAGAGCACAUGGACGACGCAGCCAAAAAGAAGAGGAAGAUCAACGAGCGCGCCCAGAAGAACGCCCUCAACGUGGGCCUGGACCGGGAUUUUAGUGUUAUGCAGGACUCGAGCCCAGCGCCGGCGAAAUCCGUCAAGAAGGCACGAGCCACACCAGCAAUGGGGAACUUUUCAACGCCGGCAAAGGCACGCCACGUGCGGUCCGGCAAGGAGAAUGAUACCCCGUCUGUCAUGUCGAGCGCAAGCCGCAGCGCGAAAGCUCAGGCGCUUUCAAAACUACAAGACCUCGCGCCGGAUAUCGCAUUGUACGAGAAAGAAAAGAAGCGUAUGGCAAAGGACGGCCACGGUAUUUGGGGCGGCAAGCGUGCGGCUGACCAACUCGACAAGGAGCGGGCCGACAGGAGUUCAAGCCCGGCCAGCAGGGCGGCGGACGAUCUCGAGGACGAGCAAGAAAACAAGCGGCCGGCCAAACGGGCCAAGGUAUCGCUGCCGGAGAUCGAUAUGCGCAUCUGCCUAACGGGAUAUAAGCGGUGGGUGGAGAAUAAAGCGACCGAGGAGGCCGACAGGAGAAAACUCCGCUCCCUCGGUAUCCAAAUCGUGCAGGAGAACACGCCAUGUAAUUACCUCGCCGCGCCCAGCAUGGUUCGGACGAUGAAGUUCCUCCGUUGUCUCGCCAAGGGGCCCGAUGUGAUCAACUCGUCCUUCAUCACGGCCUGCAUCGAGUCGGGCAAACGUCCCCCUAUCAAGGAACACCUGCUAGUCGACAAGGCCAACGAGGCGCGGUUCGGCGUGAGCAUCGAUAAGGCGGUGAACCGAGCGCGCGCCAACCGCGGCCGGUUGCUGUGGGGUGUGCCCAUCUACUGCACAGCCGAGAUCCCGAACGGUGUCGACGCGUUCAGGAACAUCGCCGAGGCCAACGGGGCUAUGUUUAAAGUCUACCGCGCCAGGAGCGGCACCACCAUCAAGCCGGCCACGGAAGAAGACGACGGCGAUGCGGGGCCUGAUCCUGUGUACCUGCUGACUGGGGCGACGCCGGCUGAGAGGCAGCUGUGGCCGCGGUUCCAAGAGAUGGCGCGCAAGGGGAACAUGGAACCGCGGAUUGUCAUGGCUGACUGGCUGUUGGAUGUGGCGAUGCGGCAGGAGUUGUCGUUUGAUCCGAAGUAUUCGAUGAGCAACCGGAUGUCAGAGUAG